GCAGAAAACAUUGAGCAAAUUGGAGCAGGUGUGAAAGCAGGUUAAAUGUGGAGAAACGUGUCUUUGUUUCGAGAACUGUAUGAAUGGUUUGGAAAAUUGGGCCAAAUGAAUCCGUUAUAGUCUGUUAGCAAUCGAGAAAAACUGUAAUAUGACCGUGUGGUGAACCGAACUCAUAUUUAAACACGGUCUCCAUGCUAUGUACACAUGCACAUGUACGCAUAGCUAUCCUUACAAGUACAAUUUUGGCUGUAUUAUUUGUGUCCCCUUCAAAAACUUCUCUUGAGACAUUUUAUGUUUAUUGUCCCCCCCUACUGUUAGAUGAAAUUUACGCCCCUGGUUAACGCUGUAGUGAUCCAUCCUGCUGGACUUUGGCUAAGUUAGAUGAAGAGAUGAAUUAUGAGACAAGAAUCUGAUGUUGAAAUAUCCUGAAUGCAGUGACACAACAUCAUGUAACUACCGAACGCAGCUCUAUGACAAGCAGAAAGAAGAGUAUUUGCCUGCAACUCAAGGACUUGGGAUGUUUGUGGAAGUGAAAGAUCCCGAUGAGAAGGUGAUCCUGUCCCGCCAGUAUGGAUCUGAGGGCAGGUUUAUCUUCACCUCCCACACACCGGGAGAGCAUCAAAUCUGCUUGCACUCAAAUUCCUCCAAAUUUGCACUUUUUGCUGGAGGGAUGCUUCGUGUUCACUUCACAAUCCAAGUUGGUGAGAAUACAAACAACUAUGCAGAAAUCGCUGCCAAAGACAAGCUGUCGGAGCUGCAGCUGAGGGUGCGACAGCUGAUGGAGCAGGUGGAUCAGGUCCAGAAAGAGAAGAACUAUCAGAGGUAUCGUGAGGAGCGCUUCAGACAGACCAGCGAGAGCACCAAUCAGAGGGUCCUGUGGUGGUGUAUCGUCCAGACGCUGAUCCUGGUGGCCAUUGGGUUUUGGCAAAUGAGACAUCUGAAGAGCUUCUUUGAGAUUAUGGUAGAUGUGGAUGACAGGAACGAUUGGAAAGAAUGCAUUGAUUUCGGAGGCGUCCGCCUCCCUACAGGAUACUAUUUUGGGGCUUCUGCGGCCACAGGAGAUCUUUCUGAUAAUCAUGACAUAAUCUCUAUGAAGAUGUACCAGCUGAUGGUGGAACACACUCCUGAGGAGGACAACCAGGACUGGACCAAGAUCGAGCCUAGUGUCAGUCUCCUGAAGUCACCGAAAGACAAUAUUGAUGAGCACGCCCCUCACUGGCUGGAAGGUCUUCCUGCUUCUUCUGUGUGCUCUGCUGGGAAUCGUGGUGUGCGCCGUUCUUGGUACCGUUGAAGGAGUGGAUGCCGAGCUGCCCUAUCCUUCAUAAUUGAUAUUAAUUAUAUUAUUUCUUGUUUGACUAUUAAUCAAGUUAUGGCAAGAGUGAAACGUGUAACCUUAUGUGCGCGUAUGAGAUAUUAAAGAAUCCUGCUUUAUGCUGUACUUCUACUCUCUAAGAUGAUGACUUCAUAGUGUGUGUGUAACGAAAGCAAGGAGGCCUUGAAGUUCUGAUAAGUGCUCUGUGGGUAUGUGUGUGCUGGUAGCUCUCUCUCUGUGUGUUAGGAGACUGUCUCUGUCAGCUACCGCCAUCCUGACCAAAAAUAGGUUUCCGGAAGACACCUAUCUUGUAUGAUCCCUGAUCGCUGACGUCUGCCCAAUCUGAUGGAGAUAUGUUUGAAGCGUUUACGUCCAUAUGUGGAGAUUGUCUAAGUUUAUCUAGGUUUUAGAACCUAUCAGAAUUUUGAUGACUUAUGCAUUGACGCAAUUAGCAACCUCUGUUAGGGUAUAAUUGUUGGUGUUUUUGACAUGUACGCAGAGCGGCCUACGAGCUCGAUUGCGAGUCAUGAAGAUGACUUCUGCUGAUGAAACUGCAAACUAUCAUCAGUAAAUGUUCUUCAUUUUCGAUUGAAUCUCUUGACUUCUGGUCUUCAUUCAACACACCUGGUCCGAGGGUUUUUACUGUAAAUUCCCCUUACACCGUAGUCUUUGAGAAGCGUCAAGAGAGGAACAAGAGGUUCUACUAAACAACAGGAUUUCAAAGAACUCUGGAGGUUGUUUGUGGAAAAAAAACAAAACAUUAAUGUGAAUUUUGAACAGCUGUAUACAGCUGGAUAUUGUUGAACUGCUCGACUGGAAGGAAAAAUGGUUUGAGUCUAAAGAGUGGGAUUUGUGGCUUCAAAGAAACGUUUCUUCAUGUUGGUCUUUCUGAUUUUGGGUCUGCCGAAGUAAAUGACACAUUUUCAGUGCGAUCUACAGUACUACAUCUUAAUUUUUGUGUGUAGCCUUUGUAUACUUGAUUUAGCUUCAUUCUCUAAAUCAUUGGUGGUUUAUUUUCUUAUUGUUUUGACCCUUUAUCUGUGUUUCUUUUCCAUCUACACAUUGCUUCGUUCUGCUCUGGAGUGCUGAUUUUUUUUUUUUUAUAACCUGUGUGAUUUACUUAAGAGGAUUUUAAUGGACUGCACAACAAAUCAGACUGAUGAAAAGUGUCCUCUUAAAUUGAUCAAAUCAAUGUAAAUAUUUUAAGUUGCUGACCUAGUCCCUUUACUCUAUGGCGUAAUGAUUGAGCCUUGUUUUUUAACCACAGGAGUUUUGAAAAUAUUGAACCAAAAAAUACAUUUUCAGUUGUUUUAUUACUGCAGGGUAACAAGAGUUCAGCCUUAUGUGAGUUGAGUUGUUUUUCUUACAUCUUUCUGUUCAUUUUGCUAUUUUUUGCUCGUCUGUUUUUGCAAUGCACUGAUUUUACAGUUGUUUCUGAAAGAAGUUCACAUUUAAAUGGGCAGUGACUGUAAAAUGAUGCUUUUGGUGAGAAAAUAAAGCAGUUACAACAGUUAA